AUGUUGGCCGAAGAACUUAACAGUAAAGACUCACGUGAACUUUUAUCGGCAGUAGAUCGAAUGCGAGAAAUUUUACAGGGACAUAAAAUUUGUUUACCAGAAAUCGUCGUUGUCGGUGAUCAAUCUGUAGGUAAAUCAUCUGUACUCGAAGCUAUAUCUGGAAUUCAAUUACCUCGAGCACAAAACAUCUGUACUCGAUGUCCAUUAGAAUUACGUAUGAAAGUAACAACAGAUAAUGAAUAUGCUAUCAUACAUAAUAGUAAAACUUCGGAAGAUACAAAGAAAACUAUUGUUGACAUGAAAAAUAUUGCUGAUGAAGUUAUUCGUCUAACCAAUGAUAUUGCAGGAAAUGGAAUAAAUGUUAGUUCAGAUCCAAUUUAUUUGACAGUUUACAAACGUAAUAUACCAUAUGAUUUGACAUUGAUCGAUUUACCAGGUAUAACACGAAAUCCACAACCUGGUCAAGCAAAAGAUAUUCAUACACAAAUUUUAACUUUGAUUAACAAGUAUAUCGAACCAUCAACUGCUGUUGUUCUUCAUGUAAUUCCAUCGUCUGUUGAUUUUGCAACAUCGGAAUCGACGAAAUUAGCUAAAGAAUUCGAUCCUGAUUGUGAACGACAACUUAUUGCGGUUUCGAAAGUUGAUAAAUAUGAUAAAGGUAUAGCCCAAAAAUUACUUGGCGAAGGAUCUGGUUCAAUGAAAUUUCAUUUGGGUUGUGUUGCUGUACUAAAUCGAAAUCAAGAUGAAAUUGAUUCAAAUGUAUCAUUUGAAGAAAUGAAAGAACGUGAAAAACAAUUUUUUAUUAAACAUCGUGAAGCUUUUCAAAAUUUACCGGAUGAAUAUAAAGGUGUUGAUCAAUUAGUAAAAAAAUUAGCUAUGAUUCAACAUAAUCGUAUUCGUUCAACAUUUCCUGAAACUAUUGAAGAAUUAAGAAAACAAAUUCGUGCUAAAAAACUCGAGCUUAAACAUAUUCCAAUGGCUAUGACAACCGAACAUGAAUGUUGGACUAAGUUUCAAUCAAUGAUUGAUACAUUUCGUGAAAGUAUUCAAGCUAAAGUCAAUGGUGACUAUGAUUGUGAAAUACGAAGCAGUAUGUUUAAUAUAAAUAGUGAUGAACCUGACAAUACAAGUAGUAUUAAGACAACAGUACCGAAUCGUACUAAAAUAGCAUUUAUUUCUUUGCCUGGUGAUGAUCAUAUAGCUUAUCAUCUUUAUAAAUUUCAACAAAAAUUUCAAGAAGAACUACGGAAUAGUUUUUCGGAUUUUUCUACCACAGAUUAUAAAAAACUUGCAAUGAUUAAAAUUGAUUAUGCCACUGGUGUUUCAUUGCCUAAUUUUCAAAGCUUUAAAAUAAUUGAAAGUUUAUUUCGAGAAGAACUUGCUCGUUUACCAAAAGUAUGUUUUUCAUUAGUUCAAGAUAUACAUAAUUAUCUCAAUAAUAUUUUAUUGAAAAUAUAUCAUCAAACAUUUGAUCAAGAAUAUCCUCGUCUUAUUCAACGACUUAAAGAAGUUAUUAUUGGAAAAAUUGAUGAAGCUGAAGAACGAACAAUAGAACGUGUACAAGAAAUACUUGAUAUGGAAAAGAGAUUAUUUACAUUAAGUCCUGAAUAUAUGAAACUUAUUUUAGAAAUAAGAAAAAUUAACAAUUCUAGUGAUAGAGAAAACAAUGAACAGGUAAUAAUACCACAAUCGACACAAUCAUUAGCACAAGGACGCAGUGCAGUUCUAAAUUCAAAUAAAAUACAUUACAUUUCACCAACAUUUGCUCCAACGACAAAUCAAAGUGUUUAUGAAUCAGAGGCUAAUGAAGUUCAUGCAGCAACAGAUAUUCAAACAUCUUUAAAAGCAUAUUCUGAAAUCGUACAAAAACGUAUUAUUGAUAUCAUCUCUCAAAUAUGUUAUCAUCAAUUUAUUACUCUAUGUACACUUGAGGUUCAUAAAAAUAUGACUAUCGCCAUUCCAACAUCGGACUUGAUUCGUUAUAUGAAAGAGCCUUAUGAUCGAACGACUCAACGACAAAAUUUAAAACGUAGUAUCAAAGCAUUUGAAGAAGCAUUAAAACUUGGACAAGAACAUUUAUGA